CGUAGGCGCGGUGAAACCUGGGUAGGACGAGGAAAGCGGCGGGAGAGCGGCAAUCUAAGCUCACAUUUAAUUAAUCCUUUUCAUGCUGAGUAUAUAUUAAGUGAGUAGUGUGGAUUUUUGUCGUAUAAAUUAGGCAGACGUCUGGUGAAACUACAGCGCUCCAGCAACAAUGGCGAAGGUACAGGUGCUAAAUGUGGCAGUUCUUGAUAACCCGAGCCCUUUUGGAAACCCCUUUCAGUUUGAAAUAACUUUUGAGUGUAUGGAAGAUCUCCCUGAAGACCUGGAAUGGAAGAUCAUCUAUGUGGGCUCAGCAGAGAGUGAAGAGUAUGAUCAAAUUCUCGACUCUGUCUUGGUUGGCCCGGUACCUGCUGGGAGACACAUGUUUGUGUUUCAGGCCGAUGCCCCAAACACUGGCUUGAUUCCUGAAAGUGAUGCAGUUGGUGUAACUGUAGUGCUGAUUACCUGCACAUACCGUGGCCAAGAGUUCAUUCGUAUCGGUUACUAUGUGAACAAUGAAUACACAGAUCCAGAGCUUCGUGAAAAUCCUCCAAUCAAGCCAAACUACACACAGCUCCAGAGGAAUAUUUUAGCAUCAAACCCACGUGUUACCAGAUUCCAUAUAAACUGGGAAGGCUGUGCAGAGCGAAUGGAAGACUCUGAAAAUGUCGAUCCUUCUUCAAACUCCAUGCACCCGCCAUCCUGUCUCCCAGGCAAAGCUCCACCUUUGGGGAUACUACCAGAAAACUCUAUGGACUUCUUAUAGAGAUGCCCCUCAGCCUAAAGGUGAUGACUCACAGCAUGAGAUGUUACAAUUUAAGGAUGCCUAUGGACAUUCUGGUGUGGAAGAACGGAUGUACAAACAUCCCUGCCUUACAGCUUUUGUUCCUGAAACUUCUGAAAAAUCAGCUGUCACCUUGGGCUUCAAAUGGACAUUUGUUCCAAGGAAGAUUAUGAACAUCUUACUGGUUUGAUUGCAAUUUAUAGAUGGAGAGUUCCCUGCCAUGAAACAACAUUGAAGUAUUGAAAGGAAGCCACAACUACAACUGAACCGAAACAUACGAAAGCUGUUGUGUGAGUCACCUUCCUUCCUUUUGUUGGUGCAGAACGGAUUUGUACCCGUUUAAGAGGAUUUCAGUACUGAAGCAAUAGGCAAAUGAAUUGCAAUAUGUUGCUGUACAGAAAUUUGAUAAUCUGCCGUAAUAUUUGUGUUCAAAACGCACUUAGACUUUUCCCCACCUAGAUUGUGGAGUUUUGGAUGGGCUUUCGUAUGGGCUGUUAACCUCUUCUGUUUUUUUUCCUCCUGUUUUCAAGUUUGUGUUCCAAAUAAAAGAUGUUUUUGUUA